CACAAACUACACAGAUGACAAUCGCUGUGUUGUAUCUGGUUGUUUUAAACAAGCAUGGUAACAAAUAAACUUAAAAGCUGUACUUCCAAAACGUCUCCUAUUUAAAUCGCAAGAGUCGGAAGUUAAAUAUUUGGUUUAAGACGGGUUGAAUAUCAAAUGUAUAACAUCGUGUGGUUGUCCUUUGCCAGGGAAACCAUACGAAGACAGUGUUUAAGAUAAUGUCAAACAACAAGAAUAAGAACUCACCUGCAAGCAUGGGGGCAUCAGCAUCUAAACCUUAUGUGCGAGAUGACAGUUCUACGAACGCAACAGGUCAGCGCGUGGAUAGCAGAAAUCGGUUCAUGGUAAAUGUAGACAAAGGGUCUAGUAGCGUAGACGCAAGCUACGCGGAAAAAGUCAAAUCGAAAAGCCCACAAAAUCAGCCGGGAGCAAAGUCCCAAUUAGCAACUCAUUCUGCGGGAGAAACGGCUGAUGUCCACAAACCUCCGCUGCUUGCGGUUACGUCUGAACACAAAACCGGUACAAUGGAAGGCAUUGUCAUCCCACAUGAUAGUCUACCUUGCGAAUCUGUUGAAACACUGUUUGGCGCAUUGGAAGCGUUGCAAAAUGCUUUGCCAAGCGCUAAGACAGAGAUUCCAAAGUUAUUGAACGCGAUAAAGGAAAAUGAGAAUCUUCAAGAAAAAGUGGAAAAGCUCGAACGAUCUAUUCAAGUAACAAAUGAUGCAAAAGACAAAGAUAAGAACACGUAUUUGGCGAAAUAUAAAGAACUAAAAUCAUCAGAAGUAAUAAUUCAGAAGAAAUAUAAUGACUCUUUGAAAGAAUUGGCUGAGGCAAAUAAGACUAAUAAAGAAUUUGCUGACGAAGUUAAACGUUUAAUGGCACAUGAACAAUCUUUAAGGCUGGAAAACCAGCAUCUCCGGAAAGAACUUGAGGACAGCAGGCGGUCAUCUGAAAAAAGUUCUCAAGAAUUAUCUGAGUGUAAAUCAAGGUUGAGCAAAUUGUUGAGCAACAAACUGACAGAAAACAACCCUCAGAUAGCAGAUCUUAGCGACACGAACCGGCCUACGAAACUCGGAGAAAAACACUCGGAAUUAUAUGACAACCAAUGGACUAAUGCAUUUGAAGUAUUGGAGGAGACUUCAAACAACGAGGAGAAAACUAUUCAAGAUCUAUUGAAUUUGUAUCUGAGCGUCUAUACGUUCUGCAAAGAGAAAGCACGUGAUCAGAUUGAUCAGCUGAAACAAGUAGCCUAUAUGUGGGGAUCAGAGGUAGACCAAAAAGCUGACUCGCUUGAACUAAAAACACAAGUGAAAGAAUUUAGGAAAUACACUGCAGAGUUGAGUGUUAAAGCAAUUUUUCAGGAAUACAUUCAGAAACACGUCGCAAAAGACUACUUGCAAAUAGUUACCACACAUGAGAUAUCACAAUACGUGGAGGCAUGUUUGAAGGUGUGUUGGUUGAUGAAUGCACAAGAUCCACCUGUAGUUAUCGCCGCUUUGCCACAGGCAGAUUCCAAAUUUAACACGGAGCUGUAUAAGCCCUACACUCAGAGUGGUGAUAACGUGCAGUAUCUUGUAUGGCCAGCUCUGUUAUUGCAUGACAGAGGUUCUACACUUGUUAAAGGUGUAGCACAGGCAUAUAAAAUUGGUAAAACCAGGCAAACAACUAAUAGACCUACAUCUGAAUCAUUACAACAGGAAAUGGUAGCACAACGUGAGCAGCACACAAUGAAAGAUGAACGUGCUGGAGAUAUCGAUCCCAGGCAGAGUGUACUUGAUCAUUCUGAAAAUAAGGGUUUCAAACCAAAUACUGAAGAAGAAAAUCGGAGAGUGAAAACACUCAACGACAAAACUGAUGAUAACAACACAUACAAUUCAACACCUUGUGUAAGCGGACAUCAAGAACAGAACUUGAAUAACACACAUAACCCAAAUAUUACGAGGACAUACCUCGAUGGAGUAAGCGGCCGUCAAGGACAGACCAUGCCGUACUCCCAGUACCCAAUGAACGCGUCAUCUCGGCAGGCAGAAAUAAGCUGUCAUCAAGAAGAAAACAAUACACAGUACCCAAUGGAUACAUCAACUGGAGAGGCUGGUUUAAGCGGCCAUGGAGGACAGAACUUGAUUCACACACAGUUCCCGAUAAAUACAUCGACUGGACCAGCGGGUAUAAGCGCUCAUCAAGGUCAGCCAUUACAUAUCUCACAAAAUAAAAUUGCCGCAUCAGUUGGACAGGCGAGUAUGAGUGGCUAUCAAAGACAAGACAGGCACAACACAAUUAACACAAAUGCUUCAGGAACUUGGCACGUUGUGGGAAACAGCCAACAGCCAUACAACUGGCAAUACACCGAUCAAGCUAAUGCAUCGUCAUCAAGACAAUCGAAUAUAGGACACAGCCCAUAUGAUGUUCCGCGCAGUGCAACUUACAGUACUCCCAUACAGUCUAAUGUCAGCACAACACAUGGUAUGCCAGAUAGUACAGAUUCGGGACAAUCAUCUGAAAUACCAACAGCGGAUGAGUGGGAAACAUUCAAAAGGGUGAUGCACACUGAAGGACAACAAAAAUGUAUUUUGCUAAUGGGUAUUGAAAGUUACAACAGAUGUGAACAGUAUUACAUUAAAAACUACACAUAAAAAAUGGAUUCGAUACAUCAAUUAUGUAUUGCACUUUAAAAACUAAAGACAAAAAAAAACGUUUGAUUUAAUUAAAUUAGUAAGUGUAUGUGCGAAGAUGGUCGUUAAUUUGUGACUCAGUAAAUGCACUUGUAUAUAACUUAUAUUCCCUUUGUAUAGUUAACCCAUUACAAUUGUAACGAUAUGUUAUUAGAAUUAUUGUCAUUCAGUCUAAACUUACUUUGCAUCUGACGUACAUUUUGAAUAUUGCUGAAGUGAUUUAUUACUCUGUGGCCGAAAAGUGAGCAAGAAAUUAUAUGAAUGCCCUUCGUGCUUUCGUCCUACAGUUCGUCUUUCAGUCAAUUCGUCCGUCCGUAAGUCCGUAAGUUUGUCCGUAACACUUGUGUGUCUUUUCCAUAUCUGAUAAAUAAGUUUAAUGACUUUUUUCAAGGUUCAUCAAAUGAUAAAGGCAUCAGUCAGUAAUGUUCAAUGCAGGUCAAGAUCAUAUCUCAAGGUCAAAGGUUUAAGCCUCCGUGUUCGUGUCCUCACCAUAUCUCGUAUAACAUGCGACGAAAUGUUAUGAAAGUAUCCUCAAAUGUUAAUGCCAUAGAGACGAUUCUCAGAAGGCAUGCGUAAUUUAAGGUCAAGGGCGUACUUAAUAAUCAAACGUUUGAACCUUCUUUUUCGUAUCCGCUCCAUAGAGAUCAUGUACAGAAGGCAUUAGAAUGUCAUACCGGCUAAAGAUGUCGCACCUAAAGGUCAAAGGUUUAAGACUACUUUUGUUUCCGCUCAUUUCACAUAUACGCUUGAAAGGACUUUCACAAAACGUAGCUACAAUGUUUCGGUCACUUAGACAAUUUGCAGGAUGCAUAUGUAAGUCACUAUCGGGGUCAUAAUACAAUGUCAAGAGUUUAAACCAUAAUUUGGUGUUUAAGAGAUAAGCAGAAUAAUAAAAACGUACAGUUAACUGCAAAACACACAAAACUGGGCAACUGCUUACAAAUAAGAUGGACGAUUCUCCUCCUUAUCAGAUAGGUCAUAUAAUAUAUAUUAAAUUCAGUAUUAAUUAGUGUACUGGAGUCACUCUGAAAGUCAUUCGAUCGGUUUAUUGAGUGAAAUUCUUUCAAAAAUUAACUUGAAACUUCAUAAAUGUCAUUGCUAUCAACUAUAUGUGGGCGAGCAACUUCUUUUUCAUACUAGUUUCCCAUAUGCGUUUCUGAGUUGUGUCCAAUAACAUCACCAUUUUUAUAAGAGAAGCAUACAACUUACUACGUUUGUGAUGCAGACUACGUCCACAUUUCUCAAGCCAAAAUUGGCAUAAAUUUAAACAAAUAUAUAUCUUCACAAUGGAUUGUACAUAGUAUUUACGAUGUUAUUGCUAUACCUGUAACAAAGCAAUGGGGGAUUUCUAUGUCCACAUAGAUUUACAAAAUUAUUUACACAUAUAUGUUUCGUUAAUAAAGGUUUCCUUCUUUUGCGAUGUGAGCAUGGUUUUUUGUAGAAUAGAAUCAAUAAAAAUGAUGUAAUA